AUGGCACGAAACAAAAGACCAGAUGAUGAUCCCAAAUCAAGGCGAGGAAUCCCAAUGAGUACAAAGAUUGCAAUUUGUCAAGAAUACGAGAAGAAUCCAUUUUUGAAAUUACAUGAAUUAUGUGCUAAAUUCAAUGUCAAAAGCAAGAGUACAAUUGGAAAGAUUAUUAAAGAUAAAGAAGAUUUUUUGAUUUUAGCUCUAACAAAUUCAAACAAAGAUGCAAAACGUCAAAUCACAUUACCUUUUCCUGUUUUGGAAGAACGUAUGGUCGAUUGGUUUGAAGAUUAUCGUGAACAUCGUAGUACAGAUGAACGUUUGACCGACAAGAUGAUCGGUGAACAAGCACAAAAGAUUGCAAAUGAAUUACGUUAUACAAACUUUAGUGCUUCCAUGGGUUGGGUAUACAACUUCAAAAAGAGACAUGGUAUUCAACUAAAAGAAUUUCAACCGCCGUCUGAACCACCUUCAGGCGCUUUUGACCAUCGGAAAGCUCAGGAAAAUUUGGAAAAGAUUAGUGUCUUCAUUCAUGACACUGCAAGGAAUCUGGAAAGGGCGAGAAAAGCGUUAGAAGAACUGGCAUCUAUGCACAAGAAUGCCAUAGAUGCCAUGACGAUCCAGACUCAAGCAGGGCAAAGCAGCAACUCAUAA